ACGAGUAGUAGUUCUGGAGAAAUUGUUCAUUUCUCGUCGUAUAUUAAAACAUUCAUUGUGGUCCUCUCUAAUAUUAAGCUGUUUUCAAAAAGUUGUACAUUCAUUCCAAGUUAUUUCCAUUACAAUUUAAAAUAACCAAUUAGAAAUAAAAGUAAAUUAUUCGCUCUUACAAACAUACAGGAAACGUUUAAACAAGAUGUCUUCGGAUUCUCAUGCGGAACACGGUAUUCAUGAUGAGGAUAUACAUGACAGCACGUACCAGCCACCACCGGAAAAGUCUAUUGAAGAAAUAAUGGCCGUAGACCAGGAAGAUGAGAGUUUACGUCGUUAUAAAGAGGCUUUAUUGGGGUCUGCACAGGCUGAAAAAAUUAUUGUCGAUGCAAACGAUCAACGUAAAGUAAUCGUGAAGAAAUUGGCUCUGGUAGUUGAAGGUCGAGAUGAUAUGGAGCUUGAUUUAACAGGCGAUCUUAGUCAACUAAAGAAACAGGUAUUCGUGAUUAAAGAGGGCGUUCACUAUAAGGUACGCAUAGACUUUAUUGUGCAAAGAGAAAUUGUUCAUGGCCUUAAAUACGUACAAAAGACUUAUAGAUUGGGUGUUCCAGUUGAUAAAAUGACUCAUAUGGUUGGUUCAUAUCCACCGAAAAAAGAAAUUCAGUUCUAUUUAACACCAUCUGAAGAAGCACCAGCAGGCUUGAUGGCACGUGGUACAUAUUCUGUUGCAUCAUUAUUCACCGACGACGAUAAACACAUACACUUGAAAUGGGAUUGGACUUUCGAAAUAAAAAAAGAUUGGGAAUAAAAAAGUGCCAAAAUAAUCGGAAGCUAUCAUAACGCUCUUGAUCUUCUAAAACAAUUUUGUACGUCACACGUAAGAACUGGAUUUUGCUUCCUUUAAUUUAAGAAAAAGGUGAAAACUGCGAAAUGAUUCUAAAUUAUACACAUAUUUAAGCAAUGACUGUCGUCAAUAUCGAUGUAUGUAUAGAGUUUCGAAAUUUUACUUCUUUGCUUUGAUAAAAAUUAAAUUUACGUUUUAACUUUGAUACACAUUUAACUUUGAUACCUCAUUUAAUAUUUCUCUGUAUAAUCUGAUUCAAUUAAUAUAAAUAUGUGUAAAACGUAGUUCACCUUUUUCACAAUCGUAUUAAAAACAUAGUCAUUACUCGGAACUUUCUUUUGAAUAAAUUGUAAAAUAAAUAAAUGGUAUCAUAUUUAUUACUAGACUCAAACUUUUGUAGAAUUACUUUCAAAGUGUUCAUUAUUUCGGAUAUAUUUCAAUGUUGAACAAUGAUUUAAAAUGUCAACACUAAAAUAUAUAAAUAUCCGCUAAUAUGUAUUAGUCCAUAAUAAAUUGAUAAUAAACUGAUCAUUAAACAAAGGUAUUUAUAAUCAAAAUAAGGAAAUAAAAUGUUUAUUGCAAAGAGAACAUUGAAAAAAAGAGCUAAUUGAAAAUAUCCGCGGAUUAUUCUUAUACAGCUGAUGAUAUAAUGAAUAUACAAAUAAACCUUAAUUUACAUUAUAUUUGGAAAAUUUUAGAAAACGUGUAUAAGAAAUUUGGAAAUACAGACAAAUAGUAAUUAAAA